AUGUCGGAGAAGUGCUUCUAUCACCCAGCGCCGAUGACCCGCCCCAAUACGCGAUUCCGGCCUUAUCUUGCCGAGAAGCCCAUGAGCCAGCCCGUCAGCAGGGGACCAUCGCAUCCAACGACCAAGUCAAAGCUGAAACAGAAGACAGAAGGAACAACUAAGUUGUCAGGCUCAUAUCUUCCAGGCUACCUGGGCUUCUCGAGCACCCUAUCUCUAUGUCCGAAAAUUCCGACCAGCUCAGCUCAGAGACCAUACUCGCAUCUCAACGCAGACGCCCAUUUCGCGAGCGUAGAGCAAGCGCUGCGGAAGGUGAUGAGUCUAGCACGGCAACUUGAGCAUGCAUUGCUUCAGUACUAUGAUGGCACUCGGUUGACGACUAUCCCGCGAGGUCUAAUAGUGGAUCCGGUCUUAUUGCUUCUUCAAGAGCUCAGAAGCAGCGAGGAUGGCAGAGGGCUUGCCGAGAUCCUUGCCAGAACGAAGGAGAACAUACGCCGGCGGUUCCCACCCGUAACAACCAACUGCACGGUACUCGAGUUCCUGAACUCUUUCACCAAUGAGAAUAUCCGCCUUGAGUUCAUCAGUCUAGUAUUCAGUAUCGUUGGACUUGCCACCCUGUACACCGAAGCACCAAGUGGCUUUGAUCCGCUCAUGUUCGGGGGCGAGAUGUACAGCGCCAGCAAAGCUUGCUUGCAGAUGUGCGAGGCAUAUGACCAUGUCAAUGACCUGACUAUUUGGUCGCGAUUUCUGAACAUCAUUCUGUCGGGGACUCUCUUUGGUGACGCAAGCGAUACUGUGUACCACGGCCUGAAUGAGCUCGUUGGACAGCUACUCAUUAUGGGAUUCAACCGCCUUGUCUCGUCCCCACCCGAUGUUCCCUUUUACAUCUUGGAAACUCGAAAAAGAGUCUUUGCCAUCGUUGUCGCCCAGGACAAGAGCAUGGCGACGUUGGUCGGCAGGCCGCCUCGCAUUGACAGCAGCUUCUGUGAUACAAGCCUGCCAUUGCAGCUUACUGAUGAGGAGGUGGUCCUUAACGGAGCUCAGCUGGACCGGGCGUUGCAACGUCUCGGUCCUGAUGGCUGGCAACAACUUGAUCAGCCUCAUUGGCAGACAGCGUUGUUUCGACUUCGCUAUCAGCACGCCCUCCUGCAGGAGAAGGUUCUACGGCUGUCGCUGAGGAAUAGGGACAGUUCGUUCUCUGAAAAAUUGCAUGCGCUGUAUGAGGAAUACCACCGUGCCGUCAGCAACAUACCCCCGCAAUAUCGCUAUGACAAGGCCAUGUGGGCCAAGUCAAAUCCUCUGCCGUGCCUGGUAUUUCUGGUGGUUCAUCUGGGAUAUCUUUACAGCGGCUUCAUGAUCGAACGAAUGCUCCUCCAAGACGCCCAGAUAACGAUCACGCCUCUCUUAGAAACCUCCACCAAAUUGCUGUCGGGUGCGCUUGACUUUAUCCACCGAGAGCAUGGCCACCACGAGCUCCGAGAAAGACAGACAUGGCUGUUCCUCCAUUACUGCCUGCCCGGAGCUGGAACCCUUGCAACAGAGCUCCACCAGGCAGCCCUACGCGGAGUGCCCCUGCCAACCUCCACACCGGUGCCGCACAUCGUCCGUGAUCUAAGCGUGUUCCUGGCAUACUUCGAGCGCAAGAAGAUGCCCAAGCGACCGGACCUUCAGGUUUGCGUUCAGAUCAGCAAGGUCAUUGGUAACUUGCUUGACGAUACCCUAACCCAUGGUCUUCCGUCGCGAAGCAUGCGGAACCAAAGUCAAGGCGACGAUCUCUUAUUGAACGCCCCAAACCCGACCGGUCAAGUGGAGCCAGAUGUAGGCUCCAGCUUUGGAUCGUACAUUCCGGAUGUUCUCCCGCCCCUACCGGAGUCGAUGACCAGUGAGGAUUUCUUGAAGUGGUUUGACGAGUUGAUUUGGGAUAACCCCAGCUUGGGCUUUGAGCAGGCCCCGUGUUGA